AUUGUUUGUUUGUUUGUUGGGUAGGUUUGGUUGUCGCAUCAAACUUUCUGUCUUUGGUGCUGUUCCUCCAUUUUGCUUUAUGGAUUUUUUUCCUAAAGUGCCAAAUUUACACACAAUCGUCGGCGGACCCUCGAAAUGAAAGAUGACAGAAGAAGAGGUUACCAACUCCCAUCCCCACCACAUCAAGCUUCGAACCCGUUUGACCAUCUCUGUCAUUGGCGAACCCAGAAGCCAGAACCAAGCCGUAUGGCCUCGGGUUUCAGUUCAACAACAGUCAGACAAAACCAAAGUCAUACACGUUUUUACUGAUCUCAGAGAGAGAGAGAGAAGAGAGUCCCGUAGCGUAAAAAUAUUAUCUUUAGUAACCGACACACAUGAAGAUUUUGAUUAGUACAGGAGGAGGUAGUGUGGCUUUUUGCUUUCCGUUGGUUGGAACCGGAAGGAGCGGGUGGAAGGAAAUAACAAACAAGAGAUGCUUCCUUAUAGGAAGAGGUAAAUUCAUCCUCCCUAUCUGUUUUGAUUAUUAGCGCCUUUCAUCUUUCAUCUCGUUUCUCCCACUCAGACCCAAGACCCUGCAAUUUAUUUCUCUUCUGUUCCCUCAAACGGGAAAGCCGAGAGCAGAGUUGGAUUCAGACAGAGAGAUGUGUAUUUUUAAAGUAGAAAACCAAUCAGAGAACUAACGACUGAAAUGGGGAAGAUAUAAAAUAUCGAUAAAAGGUAGGAGCAUGCAAACGCGUCACUCUCUUCACCACCACCCUUCCUCUCCCUUCUUUCGUCGUCUUUGUUCGUAGUUGUUAAUUGUUGGGGGUUGUUUUGUGAUUCUCUUCUCACGUUUUCUGCACUCGAAAUGGCCCAGAGCAGUUUAUCUAAGUUUGGCAAACAAAACUAACCAAAAAAACUAGACCUCUGUUCUAUACUCUUUUGCUUCUCCUUUCGUUUUUUUUUUUUUUUUUUUUUCAGAUUUAGUCAGAGGGAGAUAGAGGCAACGCUCGGAAGUCCUUUCUCCUUCUUCCCUCCCCUUUAUUUAUUUAUUUUUACCUUUACCUUUCCUUUUCUUAUUUUCCAUUUUCUCCCUUCUGUGAAUGUUUUCAUGAGGUAGGUGUGGGGAGCUUUCUGUCAAACUUGGUGUGCAAUUUGUAUGACAAAUGAGCCACUGAGAAAACUAACUAUAGAGAGACCCAUCCAAACAACCCAAAAAUAACCAAUAAAGAACCAACAAGAAAACAAGAAAGAAAGAAACAAAUGGGAAAUUCGUUUGGAUGCUCGGCGUCAGGGGAGAGAUUGGUAUCGGCGGCAAGAGAUGGGGACUUGGUGGAAGCGAAGAUGCUGCUCGAGUUCAAUCCUUGUCUCGCCAGGUACUCCACCUUCGGCGGCCUUAAUUCCCCUCUUCAUUUCGCUGCCGCCAAGGGACACAACGAGAUUGCUUCAUUAUUGCUCGAGAAUGGUGCAGACGUCAAUUCCAGGAAUUACUGUGGUCAGACGGCCUUGAUGCAAGCCUGCCGGUAUGGGCACUGGGAAGUUGUACAGACUCUUCUUUUGUACAGAAGCAAUGUUACAAGAGCAGACUACCUCAGUGGUAGGACGGCUCUUCAUUUUGCAGCUGUUAAUGGGCAUGCUAGAUGUAUAAGACUUGUGGUGGCCGACUUUGUUCCAAGUGUUCCUUAUGAAGUCGUCAUUUCUCAGAUCACUGGCGAUAGAGGUGAUGGUUCUAAUUUGAGGAACAAAUAUGACCAAAAUGUGCUCUCCAAGUUUGUUAAUAAAGCUGCUGAUGGUGGUAUAACUGCUCUUCAUAUGGCUGCACUGAAUGGGUAUUUUGAUUGCGUUCAGCUCUUGCUUGACAUUCAUGCGAGUGUCUCUUCUGUGACAUUUCAUUAUGGAACAUCAAUGGAUUUAAUAGGAGCUGGAAGCACUCCUUUGCAUUAUGCUGCUUGUGGAGGAAAUCUGAAAAGUUGCCAGAUCCUUCUUGCAAGAGGUGCCAGUCGGUUGACAUUGAACUGCAAUGGUUGGUUGCCUCUUGAUGUAGCAAGGAUAUGGGGGCGUCAUUGGCUUGAACCGCUUUUAGCACCAAAUUCUGACUUGGUAGUACCGGCAUUUCCUCUAUCCAAAUAUCUAUCCUUGCCUCUCAUGAGUGUGCUUAACAUAGCAAGAGAAUGUGGAUUGCAGUCCUCAGCAGCCUCCUCUGAUGACAGUGAUACUUGUGCUGUUUGCCUAGAGAGAGCAUGUAGUGUAUCUGCUGAAGGUUGUGGGCAUGAGCUUUGCGUAAGAUGUGCUCUCUAUCUCUGCUCGACAAGCAACAUCCCAUCUGAACCGGUUGGCCCACCUGGGUCUAUUCCAUGCCCUCUUUGCAGGCAUGGCAUAAUUUCUUUUCUGAAAUUGCCUGGUUCCCCAGCAAAGGAGCUCAAACUACAUCUAUCUCUUGGCCUCUGUACCCCGUGCAUUCUCCACUCUCGUGAUCUGGACACUCCACCAGCUGCUUGUGCAUCAGAGAUCCGCAAGAAUCGUGUCACAACAGUUUCUUCAGGUCUUAUUUGCCCUGUUUCCUGUAAUCCAUUCCAUUCUGUUGCAAUUCCCUUGUGCACAUGUAAUGUUGAGUCAUGCCCAUCUCUUGAGCCCCAAGAGAGAGAAAUGCAAGAUGAAUCUCCUAGUCACUCACAAGGCACAUCAGUGGAGCAGGAUAAAAUUGAUGGGCCAAGACUUGAGAGAGUGAGCUGUUCAAAUAUGUUCUGGAACAAAAGAAGCUGCCACAGAGAACAUCAGUGCAAUUCAGAAACAAAUACAUGAGGGGUGUGUUUACCGGACGCUCUCAUUCUUGAGAAUUAUUGAAAGAAUGUACAGUAAAUAGUUGAGGUUGCUCUGCUCAGUUGUAGAGAUUGAUUGUCUGAAUUUUUUGCCUCCGCCGCUGAUUACACUUGAACUGACCACUCAAUGAUCCUCUCAGAUCAAUGGUUUGAACCACGUUUGGAGUAAGUUUUAACAUUAUGUAGUGAAUUAAUAUUUUUAUGUUUGGAGUACAGUAGAUUCUAUGUAAUAGGAAGGUCAGAAAUGCCAGAUAAGAUGACCUAUGAAUGAUCGAUUUUAUUUUCUUUAUUCAAGAUGGUUUUGAAUAAUGCUGAUACUAGUUUUUAGUUGUAUAUAGC